ACACUACUCUCAUUCUCAUGUCCUCACGCGACGUAGAUCGCAUUAAUAUCUCUGCCGCCCAGCAGACCCUCGACAUUCUGCAUGAGAUGUCACAACUUCUCAACACCCAACUCGACAAAGAAACGCUGACAACGUGUGUACGGAUGAUCGAGAGUGGUGUUAACCCAGAAGCUUUGGCGGCCGUUAUCCAAGAAUUGAGGCGGGAGAAUGCCAACCAACGUAGUCAGGAGACAAGGGCGUCAUAAGAGAGAAUCAUGUACAAUAGCGUGUAACUGUAAUAUCGGUGUCUAUUACACCUUGUUUGGCUCCAACCCGCUCCUACCUUAGCGUUUGCUCAUCGACGACCACGUUCUAGCCCCCCGGGCAUCCAUCACAUUCGUCCCACGGCCGCAAGUCGCAUUUGACCUACUGCCAUGCAGCCCAGCGAAUACGACAUUCUCCGUGAGGUCGAGGCUCUGCGGGACAUCCGACGGCGGUCUACGACACCGGGUGCACUCACCAUCGACCCCGACCUUCCCAAUCAAGCCCCGACAUCUCCCACCAACCCGUACAACCCCCAAGACGCUUCCACCAGCGCCAAUCCAUCACCGGACGCCGUGUCCAAACCUUCCGACGACCCAUUCCACCUUUUUUGGGUGCCCGCAAGUUUGCACCCCGAGAUUGCACCGCAAGAAUUCCGCGCAUUCCUCAAAGAACAUGCCCGUAAUCCCCCCUCUGACGACGAAAGCCAGUCCCUCUACCGGAGGCCUUCGAACGCCUCCUCCGGUCUUGGCCGCAAAAAAUCCAUGCUCAGUCGCCAGUAUCAGCCUUCCGAGAAUGACUCUAGCGACGAAGCGGUGGUUCCGCUGCGCAGAAACAACUCGGGAAUCUACUCUUCCAACCAAAACCUUGGGCCACAACUCACCAUCGCGGACUUGCAGAAGCUGGAUGAGCUGGCGGAGGAGGCUUCGGAAAGCGAUGAUCCUGCGCAACUGAGGAGUAUUCUGCGCCGUAGCCUCAGUCUCAACGUGUCUCCAAGUGCACUCGAUGCCGACGAUCUCGGCGACGAAGCGGACCAGCCCAUUGUGGUAGCUCCGCCGGGGCAAUUUCUGCGGCGUACUGCACGGACUCGUAUCCGCAAGCCCGGACUGCCUGGUGACGGCGGUGGACACCGAUUUAACGAACGACGCCGCGGACCUUCUUCGCGAUCCAAGGCAUCUCCGACUCUUCAGCGCACAUCGAGUGAUGUUUCGUCCAGCGAUCACGGCGAUUCCUCAGAGUCGUUCUCCAACUCUAUGCCCACGCCCAGGCCGCGUGCCGCGUCGAACGAGGGCAUGCUGACAGGUGCACAGCGUCCUGACUCGUUCAGUGAAGAGGCGCUCAUCUAUGAAGCCUAUGCGCGUGAUCAUGAUGAAGAGGAGGAGGAGGAGGAUGUACCUCCCUUACCUCCAGUGGUCAUCACUGCGUCGCCGUCUGCCGGUGGCGCCGAUUACGAGGAGCCGGCCCCUGCUAGUGCUUUCCAGUCUGAACCGGAGCCACCGUCUAUCCUCUACCAACCUCAGCCCACGCGUCUAUCAGCACCUUCCGGAUCGGAUACAUAUCAGGCCCAGCAACCCGGCUCGCGAACACCAUCACCGUCCUCCGAGUACGAAGUCUCUACCCCGACAGUUUCACCCGAAACAUACAGUCCUGCCGGGACUCCCACGGGUUCACCUCCACCGCCACCAUCCUUUCUGUCCACGUCGCCAUCACCACGGAAGGACAAGGACAAGAAGGGCCUGUUCAAGUGGGGGAGUGACAAGGAGAAGGAAAAGCCGGCCAAAGGGUCUAAACGGGUCGAGAAAGAGCGCGAGAAGGACAAAGACAGCGGCUUCUUUGGGUCUUUGUUCGGAAAGAAGAAGCACGAUUCGUCGGUGCCGGAGCCUGCCGGGCUUCACGGCGGGCGGGAAGCCGCUCACGCGCUCUUAGGACAAUCUCAACGCGCUCCGCGGUCGCCGGGUGCCCCGUCGCCACUUGCGGGGGUGCCGGAUGCGAUGCUGGGUGGGAUCAACAACUACUCCCGGUAUCCGAUCCAUGUCGAACGGGCGAUCUACCGACUGAGUCACAUCAAACUGGCGAACCCGAGGCGACCGUUGUACGAGCAGGUUCUGAUCAGUAACUUGAUGUUCUGGUAUCUGGGUGUGAUCAACAAGGCUCAGGCUCAGGCCCAGGAACAACAACAGGCCGCCCAGGCCGAGGAGGACGAAUCCGAGGCUGAGCGGGAGGCAGCUGAGCGGGAGAGACUAGAGCGGGAGCGGCAGGAGAAGGAGCAGCGAGAGAGAGCAGAGCGAGAGCAGAGAGAGCGGGAGGAAAUGAAGAAGCGGGAGGCCUCGCCACGGCGGGGAUCGUUGACGAAGGCUGUUCCGCCCGGGGCACCUCAGCAGCGGCGAGCCGAGAUGCCUGUGAGGGGCCCUCAAUACGAGAUGCAGCACCGAGUGAUGGAGAAGGAGUAUGCGGGCUACAACGGAAACGGGCCUGCGCGGACGAGCUCUGCUGGGGCUCAGCAGCAUGGAUACUAUUCUCCCGGAGAAUCCAUGCAGCAGCAGCAGCGGCUUCCUCCGGGUGCAAUGGCACCUGCAGAUCACUCUUCAUGGCAAGCAUCGCCGCGCACGCAGUCUGCGUCUCCUCCGCCGGCAGCCCAGCGACGCUCGCGCUCGCCGCCGCCGCCAAAUAUGUACAACGCAGCCGGUGGGCAAGGUGGUGGUGCUCGGCUGGCAGGCCGAUCUUUAAGUGCGACCGCGGCCAUGCCCUCAGCCGCACAGCCUCCUCCGAUGAACGGCAAAAUCCGGAAGGGUCAAAGCGCACACGCUGGAGUGCCUGCCAAUGCUCGACGACCGCAGCCAGCCAACGGAGCGCCGAUUGGCGAAGAGGAGGACAUGCCGCUGGCGAUGUGGCAGCGGCAGCAGAGGCGAUGAGCCCUCGCCGCCUACCCGCAUCUAGACACUCUUCCUUGUGUGGCUCACAAUUACACAUAAAGCCAAUCGGCGCUUGCCCAUGCUAAUCACGGACUACUCUACGCCAAUCUCUACACUUCUGAUGAACUGCUAAAUCGUAUAUCCUCCUCCCAUUGCUUUCUUUUUGGUGUUUUAACACAACCUUGUAAUCAUUGUCAGAGUGUGGGACACAGGCUGAACCUGCAGGAUUGCCCAGGGUCUGCCCGACUGUACCCGCUUCCUGUCAAGUAUCUGAGGCGAUACACGCGAUCGCGCGAGCCAGCAGAUCGGCUCCUGCGCGUCCAUAUAAGGAUGUUCAUCCAUCUGCAUAUGGGACCGCAAGCGAUAUUAAACUCGGCGGCAUUAGAGUGUACUCAAGGAUCAUUUUGAGGGACUCCGACCUAUGGGGUUCUCCGGUGACCGGAUGCUUACUACGAACUGCACGCUCAGCACGCCAGUGUGUGAGAAGGACUAUGACGAUCGCUCGACACUAGACACCAUCAGAAGCGGAGGUGUUCUUCGACGAAUCGACAGUCUCCGACGAGGACAAAAAAGGAUCAUUGGUGCCCAGCUGUCACUGACAGUAACUGUAGCAUCGACAUUGGAUAUCACCUGACAACGCUACAGCAAGCGAUCAUUUUCGGUUUCAUAACGGCCUCGACCUCUGUCUGGAGUCUGGACCAGAAAACCUGUCCCUCGCGAACCGAUCUAUAAGAAUGAUUCCGGAGUGUGUAGAGAUCCUUCCUGCGUCGCACCUAUGGCUCCGCUGUCUCCCCGCCACCCUCGAAUCCUAGUUGUACGCGAUCCCGAAGGCUGACUGUCCAAUGCAAACGACUCAACGAUUUGGAAACACAGGUCGGCGCUGGUCCGUCGGGCUUAGUCAUGGCUCUCGCGCUCCUCAAGCAUGGCGUUCCUGUUCGGCUCAUCGAUAAAGAGACCAGUCCGCGGAUGGGGCAGCGAGGGGCGGGCAUCAUGGUGCGCUCAUUUGCAUUUCUAGUCGAGACCGCAGGACUUGACACGCCGGUUCCAGCCUCGUUCGAUGGAACUCUUCCAAGCCCUCGGUGUCGCUGGCGAGAUCCUCACGCGUGCUAUCGCGGCGCCGCAGGCCGUCAUGUACAAAAUGCCCGACGGAGUGCAGGUCCUCAGCAAGUUCGAUAUGUGGCCUCCGACCUCCUCGCAUACCCAGCGUCCCUACCCGGAUGUGGUCAUGCUCGGGCAAGAUCAUCUCGAACAAAUUCUGCGAUCGGAGUUGCGACGGUUGGGAUGUGAACCUGAAUGGGGAGCCUGUCUUCUCUCCUUCGAACAGCGUGCCGGAGAAGGCUGCGUUCGCACUCGCAUCUCGCGUCCAUCGGAUAACUCGGAGGAAGAGACUGUGGAGACACCUACGUUCGAUUACAUCGUUGGGGCGGAUGGGGCUCGGGGGAUGGUCCGCAAGGCCUUGGGGCUCUCAUUCCUGGGCGAAACGCGUAACGCCGAGAAUAUCAUGGUCGGGGAUGUCAUGGUGCACGGCCUGGACUCGAAGCAUUGGCAUAUGUGGGGCGAAGUUGGAGAAAAGUGGAUCAGCCUGAGACCGACUGAAGUUCCGUUCAUGUACAACUUUCUGUUGACCGGAGAAGGGAUCGACCACCCGUACCUCAUCGAACAUCCGGAGGAAUUGAAACCCAUCUUCGAAGAAUACACCGGCAGACGCAAGGAUCUGGUAUUCGGAGACGUCGUAUGGUUAUCGCAAUACAGGUGUGUGCAUCUGCUGGCUGGUGUCUCAGAUUGCUCACUCCCUCA